AUGCCAAAUCUUAACAAGUCACUAUCAAGAGACAUGUCUACGGACAAUUUGAUAUCAGUAGAUAGCAAAUUUAUCAAGAAACCAACCAAACGAGUAGCUGGCUCAAUGUCACCCAAAAUUGCUGCCAAUGACUCCUUUUCCAAAAACAACAGCAUCACAAGUGCUACAAGCCACCAUAGUUAUGCUAGCAAUAUUGCCGGCAAUACAAAUCACAACUAUCAUCAAAAUAACAAUAAUAGUCGCAACAAUAGCAUGGCAAACAGCAAUAAUAACAAUAACAAUGGAUACAGAAACACCGGAGCACCACCUGGCUCAUUUUACACUAAAGAAGGAGUAUAUUACUUCCCUAAUGGAGAAGUGUUUCGACCUAGAACCGCACCAACAAAGAGAAAUAGACCAGGAAAAAUAACUGUCGACACUUCGGUUGCUAGGCAAAAUAACAACCCAGCAAACAAUAAUGAUGGCAAUGGCGGUUUCAAUCAAACAAACCACACCGGCUCAAGUCACAACUCCCCGUCCAUGGGGCCUCAAAUGGCUCAGCAACCACAUUUUGUUAACGACUCACCAUCUUCAUCACCAGCUAUUGCGGCUCCUCCACCACUUCGAUCAGUUGGCUCAUAUACUUCUCUUCCCAAGUCAAAUUCACUACAAAAUGUUCGAUUAGCAAACAAACAAAACUUGUCAAAGAGUAUUAGAGACAACAAGGGAGAUAUCCAUACCAAUAUAACCAUUGACAAUGCGAACAGUAAGAUGCCCUAUGAAAGUUACAAGAAUGGCAGUACUUCAAGCUUGAAAAAUUUGCAAAGACUACAUUCACACAAUAUAACAAGAUCAGAGCAACAAAAUUCAUCCAAUGGCUCAUCUUCAAUGUCCUCAACCAGCUCAAACAUGUCAAAUGUUUUGCACAAUCAGUACAACAACAAUAAUGGCUCGAAUGCAAACUUGGAUAGAUCAGACAGUAAUACUCCUUCUACCUCAAUCAGCGAUGAUCAUCAUUCUCACCACAAAUUUCAUCAACUUCAAAAUUCGCAUACCCCACAUGGAGAGGGCAAUCACGCGCUAGCACCGACUCAGAUAUCCAAUGGACAUUUCAUGGAGAAUAAACAUCAAGAUCUUGAACGACCACACCACUUGGCAAACGAACUGUAUCACGACGCUCAUAGCUACCCUAGUUCAAAGAUUUAUUCGCACGAUUCUCAUGAAAAUACAAAUAAUGAUAGCAAUAGAGAAAGCAGUGGCUCUAGUGAUCAAAGGCUAAGUGUGGAUUCUGUGUCAGAAGGUCGUGGCAAUCAUCGUGAUGAUGCUACUGAUGAUACUGUCCUUAGUACUUUAAACGCAACCAGUGAAGAUACAUUCAAGACUGCCACCGCAGUAUCAACUUUACACUCAAACAGUGCUGGUCACUCAUUGAGCUCUAUUGGAGACAACUUGAAUCGUCAUGCAUUACAUGACUAUGGUAACUCCUCACAUUCAGAAAACUUGCCAAAAGAGUAUACAAAUCAACCAUUGAGGCAUUCAUCUUCGUCAAUUUCGGAGGUGAGUAUGGAUGAAGACAAGGAUAGUUUGGAUGAAACUCCAAUAUUGUCAGAACCAAUUGUGGGGCAAAAAAACACAGAAAAGCAUGCUAAUGAUGCAACCCAAAAAACAUAUGAUGCGCCAGAGAAGCCUGUGCUUGCAAAUAUUUCAGACAUGUCGUUCAAUUCUACUCAAGAAGAUUUGUCAAGGUCCAGUGGAGCUAGUCCUAUGCUCGAACAGAAGGAGCAAACGGAACAAACGAAACCACUUUUUGCUGGAAAUGAAAACCACACGUCAGAUGGUACCUCUACAAUCACCAUCCCUAUCAACUGUUCUGUUUUGGAAAGCAGGAUGGAAGAUGUGCCUGACUUGAGACCCCCACGUCAAAUCACCAACAUCAAGAAAGUUAAAAGUGAUGAUCCUCCUAGUGACGAAAGCGGAUUACCAGAACCAAGCAUUGAUAAUGAAUCUUUUGUUGAUCUGUAUUUAAAUGAUGUUUCUCCCGAACUGUACAAGUUGAAUGAAUUGAUUGAAACUCACAAUGAAGAGAGCCCACUCAGAAACGAUGAAAUCAAGCGAGAUGACGAGCCUCAAGGAAACAUUACGAGCCAAACGGUAAGUGUUCCCAAAAGCGCCGAGAAAUUGAAGCAACAAGUUUUAUCGCCUUCUUACUCAUUCUCAUCGGUUCCGUCAGCGGAUUUUGAAAUCACGUCAAAACCUUUCAAAGGCUUGGUUAACGAUGUUCAAGAUGAAGUUCCACCAAGAGGAGAUGUACAAAUUGUUGAUGAUCGAAAGAUUAGAAAGCAUCAUCGCCAUACGUCGUCUGCUUCUUCGGUUGAGUUUAUAAACCAGCUAAAGCAAGAGUUAUCGCAACCAAUAAUAAGGGAAAUAAACACAGAAACAGAGCCAGUAACACCUAAAGCAGGGGAAGGCGCAAACGACGAGAUUGAAACCCCUCCACAUGAUGCUAUACCUCCUCCACCAAUUGAAAAGUCACCUGGUAUGAGAGUGAAAGGUAAGCCAAAGAAGCACAAGCACAAGCAUCACCAUCAUCACCACCACCAAAAGAAGGAGAAUGAGCUAACGGGCCCUGGCUUCAAAAAGUCCUCUGAUGUAAAGGUUGGCUCUGCGUUGAAAGAUGAAGUGGUGUGGACUCCUCAACUGAGUGAAUUCCCCCAAGCCAGUUCCUUGUUAUCCAAUGAUGUUGCCUGUCAUUCUACAGCAAAGAAGGAUCAGGAAACCUCCAACAAACCGAAUUUGACACUAGAUGAAUCUGUUUUGAGUAAACCAGUGCCAUCAUUCCACAGCUCCAAGCAAUUUCAAUCACCACAACAACUGCAUCAUGCUACUGUGGAAUCUCCAAAAGCGUCACUAUUCAGUCAUUCCACCUCCAUUGGUUCUGAAUCACCUUCCAAAUUGAAUAAGUCGACAUCUAUUUCCAAUUUCAAGUCAUUUUUCAAGAAAUUGAAACCAAAGGAAAAAGAGCCCAACACUCCAACCAGCAAUACCUCCAUGAACAGUGGGGCUUCAUCCUCUCCAUCAAAGAAAAAACUGCAUCGUGGUUUGUUUGGAUUUGGUAAACACAAAAAGGAAGAUCCGUCCCCUCCACCAACACCUCAGUCAACAUUUGAAAUGGAAAAACGUGAUGCCAAUGUGAGUCGUUUAUCUGUUCUUAGUGAAGCCUCAUUCAAACUUGGUGCUUUACCUGAUUUUGAACCUGAGUCUGAUGGAUUAUUUGAUGAUGUAAUGCUUACUUUUGAUGAAAAAUUUGAACGUGAUUUGACACCGACGAAACCACCUGACUUUGUCAAAUUGUCAUCAACUACGUCUAGGAACAAACACAGUAAUGAUGUAUUAAGUGAACCAUUUUUGAAAGAUGAUGAAUUGACUAAAGAACAAAUUGCUGAUCAAAAAUUGCACGAUUUGGAAAACACCGCCGAUGAAGGAAGUGGUGGUAGUAGUAAUGAAGAAGCAGAAGAUGAGGAAAUUGGUGGAUUACUUGGUAUUGGUCCUGGUUUGCUUGCGGGUGUUGGUGCAGAUGAUGCUGAUACUGGAACCGGAACUGGAACUUAUAUCGAUGAAAACAUUGAGUUUUUGAAAAAUGAAGGCUUUUGGUCUCAGUUGGAUGAAACUGCAUUGGCAAGACAGAUUGAGCUUGAAAAAAGAAGCAGUGGAAUUGCACCCAGGCGCAACAAUGAAACAAGUGCUUCAUCAUUGCCUAUGAAUAAAAAUGGCCAACAAGGAACGAACCCACUAGGCUCUUCCAGUUUACGGUUUUCGUCACAGGACCCAUCAUCGGCUCAAAAUGACACCGCUGUAGUAGUGGUUGAGAAUCACGAAUUAAACAAUAUUCUCGCCAAUAUAACUGAAGAAGGUAAACGCAAUUUACCUAUACAUUUGAAGUAUAUCAAACAAUUUCGUGAUUAUUCCACCAUUGAAGUUGAAAUGCACAGGUUUGAAACUUUGCCCAACAACAAACCCCAAACACAGCCAUUAAAUAAUCCAUCGAUUUUGAAACGUAGAAGUCAUCAAUUCAGUUCACCGUAUGGACAACACGGGUACAGCUAUCAGCAUCAACAGCAGCUGUUGCAGAUGCCAAUGGGAUUUCCACCUCAGCAACAACGAAAACAGCGCCAACAACAAACUAACAAGCGAGUCAAUUUUAACAACAAGAUCUUGAUUAAUGAGACAUUUUCAAGUGAUGUUUACAAACGGUACAAUAAGUCAGUGACACAAUACAGUUUAUCUGAUCCCAAGGAAAUUAGCAAUAUCAAGAAUGAAGUCAAUUACUAUAAAUGUAAUGAAAUGUUGGUUCAUGAGAGUUCACAAAACAAUACUCAUUUCUACUAUUAA